ACAAAACAGGAACACCGGAAACAGGAACAGGAAGGAAAUUCGUUUGUGGGAAGAUAAAAUUUGCCGAAAUCUGCUGAAAUCGGUGUUUUUUCGGCACAUUUUGUGUGUGAUCGGGUUAAGCAGAACGACGCGUAUUCCGAGUGAGGUUCCCAAGUAAGCGGCUGCAGGAUGAAGGUGAAAGAGCUACAGAAGAUGGUGAACGUCGCGUGGUCACCGGCGCAGCAGAACCCUAUCAUGCUGGCCGCCGGUACCGCGGCCCAGCAGCUGGAUGCGUCGUUCAGCACGAGUGCCACCCUCGAGCUGUACUCGAUCAAUUUGGCCGAUCCGAGCUACGAUCUCGAACUCAAAGGUACCCAAUCGAGUUCGCAACGGUUCCACAAGCUCAUCUGGUCGCCAACGGCCGGUGGCGAGACUGCCGGGGGUGCUGGGAUCUCCAGCCCAUCCGGACUGAUCACCGGAGGAUGCGAGAGCGGUGUGCUGCAGGUGUAUAAUGUGGCACAGCUGUUGGCUGGCCAGAAUGCGUUGGUAGCGCAGCAGGAGAAGCACCAGGGUGCCGUACGCAGUCUGGACUAUAACCCCUUCCAGCACAAUCUCGUGGCGAGUGGUGCCUCGGAAUCGGAAAUAUUCAUCUGGGAUCUCAACAACACGGCCGUACCGAUGAGCCCCGGUGCUAAGGUGACACCCUUCGAGGAUGUCCAGGGAUUGGCCUGGAACCGGCAGGUGCAGCACAUCCUAGCGUCCGUCUUUCCCUCACGGUGUGUGAUCUGGGAUCUGAGGAAGAACGAACCGAUCAUCAAGCUUAGCGAUACGCAGUCACGGAUACGCUGGCGCGUAGCGCAGUGGCACCCGGAAGUGGCCACGCAGUUGUGGCUCGCCAGCGAGGAAGAUCAAUCACCGACGGUGCAGUUGUGGGACCUGCGGUAUGCUACGGCACCGGCUAAAACCUUCCACAUCCAUCAGCGAGGUGUACUGGGGCUUACCUGGUGCCCGAAGGAUCAUGAUCUGGUGGCCUCCUGUGGUAAGGAUAAUCGAAUCAUCUGCUGGAACCAAAACACGGAAGACCCGAACGGUGAGAUACUGUCGGAGCUGGCGACCACGAAUCAGUGGAACUUUGAUGUGGCCUGGUGCCCCCAGAAUCCGGCCCUUAUUGCCGGAUCGAGCUUCGAUGGGAACGUGACGAUCUAUUCGAUCCACGGAGGCGUACAUCAGCAGGUGCAGACGAGCAACAAGAUCGCCGAUUCGUUCCCCGGUAUGGAACACAUCGGUCACGAACCGAUCCCGCAGCAACACGCACCACAAUCGGCCGCUACCGUCUGCAAUGAUCUCAAGCGACCACCACGCUGGAUGCGCCGACCAGCGGGUGCUUGCUUUGCGUUCGGUGGAAAGCUGGUCACGUUUAAUGGUGCGAGCCGCACGGUAACGGUCAACCAGGUCAUAACGGAUCCGGAGCUGGUGCAACGCUCGAACCAGCUCGAACAGGCGCUGGCGGAGGGUAACUUUGUUGAUUACUGUCGCCAGAAGGCCGAUCAAACGACCGAUCAGCAUUCACGGCUACUGUGGUACUUCCUGAAGGCCAACUUUGAAGCCGAUCCACACUCUGAGAUGCUGAAUUUGCUAGGCUACGAAACUGGUGACAUGACGAGCAAGUUCAAGAAGUACGUGGUCGAUUCAGGGAACGAAAACGAGCAGUCUGGGCACAAUCCGGUGGAUGGACUGAGCGACCAGAUGGCUGGUCUGAGUCGGAUUACGGAUAACAAUGCGGUGUUUGAUGCUAUUGCCGCUUCCACUAUCGGUAAGCAGGAAGAGGAGAACUCAUCGAAACAUAAUGGUAGGGAGGAACACUUGCCAUAUAAAAUCCGUACCGGAGGCGAUAAGGAAGGUUUGAUCUGUGAGGCUCUGUUAACGGGAAACCUUGAGGCUGCGGUUGAGCUGUGCAUGCAGGCAGGAAAAACGAGUGAAGCCCUCAUACUGGCGGUGAACGGUGGAUCGGAGUUGCUGGCCAAGGUGCAGUAUCGGUAUCUGCGGAACAACGAAAACUACUUGUCGAACUUGAUCUCCGCGCUGGUAACGUCGGAUUGGAGUGGCGUCGUGGCCCAAUGUACGAUCGAUUCCUGGAAGGAGGCCCUGGUAGCGGGCAUUACGCACUGUAAGCAGCAGCUUCCGUUGCUCUGUGAGCAGCUUGGUCAACGGUUACAGUACGAAGGGGGCAGUAACGUCGAGCUCGCUCGCAAUGCCAUCCUUUGCUACAUCUGCGCCGGUAAUACGGAGCGGCUGGUGGAAGCUUGGAGUCUGGCCAAGCAAGGCACCGGUGUGAACGGCAACGAGUACGGCGAGGACGGCGAGCUAGAUAAGAACAACAACAGCAACCGUGAUCUGCAGGAGCUGGUCGAGGUAGCGAUGCUGUUGCAGCGAGCACUCGAAAAGCAAGGACGGGCUACGCAAGCGACGGGCAAGCUGGCCGAUCUGUUAUCCCAGUACGCACGGUUACUGGCCGCUCAAGGUUCGCUUCCGUCAGCCUUAACGUACGUCGGUAAUUCGACCGAUCCCGACCUAGAAGAGCUCCGGGAACGAUUGUACUAUGCGCUGGGACACAAGAGCUACGCGGCAACGGCUGGCCAUGGGCGUGUUGGGUAUGGUGGUGGUAACACGCAGCAACCCGCUAGCCAACCACCCUUCAAUCCAUUGUUCCCAACGAUUGGCCAGGCGGCAAAGCUAAAGGCGGCAUACGGACAGCAGCAACAGCAGCAGCCGACGAUCCCGCCAUCAACGUUAACCUCCGCUACCCUUUCACAGCCGGGCUGGAACACGACUCCGUUCCAGCAACAAGUGAAUCCGGUUGGUGUGCCACCGAUCACUACCGCUCCACUGGCUCCAGCAGCGUCCAUGAUGAAGCCCCCACUAGGACCACCACCAUCGUCGUCGUCGAUCACGAACGAUCAUCUUACUCAACCACCACCACGUCCGUCGAGUGUUAGCUCGCAAACUGGUGGAUCAACGACACUCGGUCGUGCGAAGUAUGUGCUCGAUCCGUCGGUCCAAUCGGGACCAACUUAUGGUCAGCAGCAGAGUUUCUACAAUCCGUACCAGCAGCAGACGCAGCAGUCGAACAGCGGCACGGGACCAUACAACACUGCACCAGUACAGGCAACACAACCACAGCCGGGUAACUUCUAUAAUCCGACGGCACAACCUCCUGCACCGGUUCCGGUUGUUCCUCCAGCAAGCAACACCUUUAAGCCAUUCACACCAGCACCGCUUGUACAGCCAACGCUGAGCAACAAUGUUAGCUACAUGUCACCGCUCGAUCAGCAGCAGCAGCAACCGAAUUACGGAUAUGGCCCGCAACCAGGAGGACAAGUGCCCAGUUCAACGGCACCACCACCGAUGGCGAGUCAAAUGCAGAAGAACCCUACACCGCCACCGGGCUGGAAUGAUCCUCCAGCGUUGAAAGGAACGGCGAGACCGCAGCCAAAGGCGGAACCAACGGCGAUGGCACCGAUCAUGUCACCACUGCCACCGGGGCUGGCCCCAUCGAAUGGGUAUCCGGAUCCAAACAGUAACUACAUUAUGCAGCAGCAACAGCAGCAAACUGGUGCCGGUGGUCAAUACAUGACACCAUCGCAACCGAACAUGUAUGGUGGUGGUCCUGGUGGUGUACCACAGGCCCCUACGACCACCAUUAACUACCAAAACUUCCAGCAGACUCCCAUUGGAGCCGCGAUUGGUGGACAGGCACCACCGUUACCGGCACCGAUGGGUGGUGGUGUAUUCUAUCCCGGUCAGCAACAGGAUCAGAUGCAGCCAACGCAGCAACAGGCCCCGCCAGCACCGGAACCACCGAAACCGAAGCCACCACUGCCGGAGCAGUACGUCUUCAUACAGAACGUGUUCGAGGAGCUGAAGCGUCAGUGCGUGGAAUCGGCCGGUAAUCCUCAAACCAAGCGAAAGCUGGAGGACGUCUCGAAACGGUUGGAAUCGUUGUACGAUCUGUUGCGAGAGAACAGGCUCUCCCAAAACACGCUGAACUCACUUGCCCAGCUGGUUGGGCUCGUACAAGCCGGUGACUACGCCAACGGAAUCGGGCUGCAUACGCAGAUGGUAUCGGGACCGGAUUUCUCCCAGAUCGCUAGCUUCAUGCCGGGCAUUAAGGUGUUACUGCAGUCUGCAAUGCAGCUGCAGGUUUAUCUACGAUAAGCAGCACCAUCCUGGCAUUCCAGUAAUCGGUGUAGGUGCAUGCGGCGCGCGUAUUAGAAAUCGUCAGACCGCCAACCAUGCCCCCCGGGGGACAGUGGCCGGAAUAACUUGCAAUUCAUUUGGUUAUUAUUGUAUUUUGAUAACGAAUAAAUAAAUCCCAUUAAUUAUUUACACACUA